AUGUCACAGCCGUCCAAGCCGUCCGGCAGAAAAUGGCCGCCUUGGAGCAACUGGUGGGAAUGGGCCCUGUCCGUGGCUGCGUACGUGGGCCUCCUGUGCCUUCGAGAGGGGGAGUCAGUGGCGCCCUGCAUCUGCGCCUCCAACAUCCUGAGUUGCUCUAAGAUGAACCUGAGCAGCAUCCCGACAGGGCUGCCGCACUACACGGCCGUUCUGGACCUGAGCUACAAUGACAUCGUGAAGCUGCGGUCAGACUGGACCUCUGUGAAGCUCCCCAAGCUCCGUAACCUGCUCCUGAGCCACAACGGACUGGUCUUCUUGUCUUCAGAGGCCUUUGUGAACGUGAAGCAUCUGCGCUACUUGGACCUGUCCUCCAACAGCCUGCACCAACUGGACGAGUUUGUCUUUGAGCCUCUGGUCAACCUGGAGAUUCUCCUGUUGUACGACAACAAAAUAUCCCAGCUCGACCACUCGGCCUUCAUCACCACGCUCAAUCUGCAGAAGCUCUACAUGAGCCACAACCAAAUCUCCAGAUUCCCCGUUGAGCUCAUCAGAGAGAAGUCUCGUCUGGAGAAGCUGAGCCUGCUGGACGUGUCGUCCAAUAAGAUUAAAAAGCUUCCUCUGGACGAAAUGCGAGCGCUGCCCGCCUGGUUAAAGAAUGGCCUCUAUUUCCACAACAACCCACUGCCGUGUCACUGUGACCUGUACACGCUCGUCGCCCACUGGGACCUCCGCAAGCUGAACUCUGUCGUAGACUUCAGAGACAACUUCACUUGCAUCCUGCCGGGCCCGCAGAAGACUCAGGUGGACGUGUUUGACCUGAGCGGUGACAGAAUGAACUGCAGUACCUUCAAGGAGGCGGAGGAGGAAGCCUUUCUGGAGCAAACGCUGAUCCUGGGCUGCGACACCAAGCACAGAAACAUGCUAAAGACCUGGACACUUCCCGGUCCCACUGCGCUGAAUCCGGGAAGAAACCAGACGGCCCAAAUCAUGCCCGAUGGCAGCCUGCGAGUCAGUCCGGUUCGGUCUGAGGACUCUGGAACCUACACCUGCUUUGCCACCAAUGAGGCAUUUAAUGAAACCAUCUACGUAGUGCUGAAGGUUCACAACUUCACCAUGCACGGCAGUGGCGAGACCCUGAACACGGCCUACACCACCUUAGUGGGCUGCCUGGCUAGCGUGGUCCUGGUUCUGGUAUACCUCUACCUGACGCCAUGCCGCUGCUUCUGCUGCUCUGGCAAGGGUAAAGCUCACGGCGACGACAGCAUCCGCUCGUCUGUGCUCAGCGUGACACCCACCCAUGGGGGGGACCCCUCAGUGCUCAACAGGCACGUAGGCUUCGCGGGAAAAAAGGAGGCACGGGGCCAGAACGGCAAGCUGAAACCCAACGGGGACCGGGACGACGAGGACGCGGAUGCGGAAGCCUGCUCGUUGAUGAAAGGAACCAGGAAGAAGUCGGUCACGGAGUCCAUCAGCUCGGUCUUCUCGGACACUCCCAUGAUGGUCUGAGAGGAGAAUUGAGAUGAGGAUGAGGAGCGAUCCCGGCGGAUGACCAAGAGGAAUCACACGCAAGACUGACUCCCCACCCCACCACCCCAGCAUUCUAAUGUGUAGCACUUGACAUACUGUGAAGGAAGAAAGAGUGGACAUCUCAGGAUGGGAUUGAGGCAACUGGAGUCUUUUGGGUUGGUGCAACAAUAACCGUAAAUUGAACGGAGUCAACUGGACAAGAGUUGAGUCACCACCAUUCAUCUUUUGUCCAGUCGCCAAAUUUUGUGGGUGACCAAGACCUGGAUGACUGAGGAUGUACACAGACGCUCAGGACCAAAUGUGAUAGAUAAUACGCCAAUAUUUGCAAUUGCUUCCCGCCUAGAACAUACAGUAUAGUAGCAGAGGUACAGUGUUACCCCCCCCUCCCCGCUCGAUCCCUGUGACAAAUAACCAAGGUCCGUAGAAAUCCAAGUAAUUGAUCCACCCCCCCUCAAAAAAAAAUUUUCGGUGGUAAUUUGACAUAUGAAUCCCCAAUUUCAAGCAAGUUUUUUUGAGUUGUGAGCAGUUGCCUGGUCAGUUCUGUUGAUUCGUGUUGUAAGACAAAAUUGAAAUUAUAAACGAGCUUUACAUGCAGCAACGCUCAAUGAUGUGGGGAAAAAAAGAUGAGCAGAAAUCAGAAAUGAAGAAAAACCAUAACUACAACAUGAAAACACUCACGAGGAGCAAUGGUGCUGCCGCUAACACCAGACUAAAUGUGUUGUAAAUGGUCAACUGUUUAUAAAACUCAUUUAUUUCUUGGUUAUUAGGAACAAUUUUAAGGGCUGAAAUAGCUUAUCAUUUCAAUGUGGAAAAUGGAUUUAAUCUACAAUUCAACUGAAUUAUGAGAUUCCUCACAGAAGGAAUGAAACUCGUAAGUGAAGGUACCACUGUAAUCACAGUACUUGUUGAUGCUUCAUGAUGGCGGCAAAGCACUACUUGAAGCUCAUCAACUCACUGCAACAAUUCUUUGGCAUCAAGAUGCCACAAAACGGUGCCAAACAAGGCUUUAUUAUACAGUAAUUGGUCCUAAAGACAAAAUCAGUAGAUAACAGAUGAUAGGACACCCCCCCCCCCCCCCAUAAAAAAGUAGCGAAUCACAGAUAUCUUGGGUAACAUUGUAUUUUUUAAUCUAGGACAGUGCAAGUCAUUUACAAGCAAGGCAGAAGUAGGUGAUAAAGGCUGGAUUUGCAUUGCACGCGUCAAGCGACACCAAUUCGCAUGUUUUGCUCUCAAGUGACACCUUCCGAAUAUGCGUCACAGCAGUGGUGAGGCGGCGGAAUGGAAAUUUGCAAUCGAGUGCAAAUUGUGCACCUAAAAAUCUGAUUGCCGCAGGAUAUCUGCCAUGUCAAUCAUAGCAAGGCGUCCUCAAAAAGACCUCCAUUGAUGAUGUAUACACAUCUGUAUUUGUACAAGGACCACAAAUAAAACAGAGGAUAUUAAAAAAGAAGGCAAUAUGCUACAUUUGUGCUCUACAGGACAUUUGCUAAAAUGUAAAUUUGCUACAUUAUAAGUGUAUAGGAUAUUACAUAGGAUACAAAUACAGUGGUGCCUUGAGACUUUUUGUGAGAUACUGUAUUGGUAUUCCUUGCGAGCAGAAUUUGAUCUCAGAACACCGUAGGGGCAGUGAAAUCUUCUUAACGCACUUCACAUAGUGAAGAGGUCGUCAAAAAGAGUCUUCAAACUCUUUAUUCCCACUCCCAGUAGAUGUUUAUUUUCAGACUAAAGAUAAAAAAGUUUUGUAUUUAAAAUAAGCAAAGCUUUGCCUUCCACUAGCUUAACGUUAAUACACAACGCAAAACACCAAAUGGGCUAACAUUACAUUCUAUAUAAUUACAUGAUUACUGUUUAUGUACUCUAGAACACUAUUGUCCUUAUUAAAAGCAAUUUAGUUUUUAUAGGCAAGAUGGAACAGAUCAAUAUAUGUUCCAUUCAUUCCAAUGGGGAAAAUGAUUUGAGAAUUGAACUCAUAUCUCGAGACACCACUGUAUACUACAUUAGCAAUGUGUCCGUCAUUAAAAUCAGGGAAAUAAAGUGUAGGAAUGAAGGAAGACACCCCCGCUAGUUAAAAAACUGAAGGAGAUUCGUCACCCCAGGCCAACUAAACGUCACGUAACAUUUCAUAUUUGCACUACUCGUGUGUUCUCACUGCCUGGUACUGAUGCUUGUGUAGUUUAUUCAAGUGCAAUUUUUGUGUUGUUUUGUAAUCACAGUCAUAAGGCAUCACUUAUAUGUAAAUGGAAUUUUGGGCAUUAAGUGAAACUUGGGCCCUUGGACCUGCAGAGUGAAUCCAGCCUCAUUUGGACCCAUCGGACAUUUUACAGAAACAAGUGUAGCAUUAAUACGAGCUCACGGAUAGCCAGUACUCCGAUCUUUUUGUAGUCCGCUGUAGAGUCAUUGUUCAUCCAUUUUACUCUGUAUAACUACGCUGUGUAAGCCUUACGUGGCUGAAACAAGACAUAACCUCCAGCAAAUAAAUAUUGAUUGCAGGGAAGGGCUUUGUCCGCCUUGUGAUAUGAGCAUGUUUUUGUAUGUAUUUAUUUUUCGUGGGUGGUUCUUGAAUGAAAUCAUCUUUCCUUGCUGAAGCAGUACUGAAUCUGGAAAACUACUACCAACUAUUGCCCGUCCGUCUCAAAGUGGAGAGGUCAUGAGUUCCAAUCUGGGCUUGGGUGCUUCCUUCCUGUCUGGAUUUUACAUAUUGCCCCCCCCCCCCACGUCGCUGGUGACCACUGACUAAUCUGUUGUAUGUCUAUAAAGUGGGUAUAAAAACGUCUACACACCCCUGUUCAAAUACCUGGUCCUUCUACUGUAAAAAAAAAAAAAAAAAAAAAAAAGAGCAAUAUCCCGGGUGAAUAAAAAAACUAGGCACUCCCUCAAACUAAAACUUGGUUGCAGCACUUUUCGCAUUAAACACAAAAGUAUCUUUUUGGGCCAGAGCCUAUUUUUGUUGCACGGCAGUGUUUGCCCACUUUUCUUUGCAAAAACAGAUUGUGAGGGCCUCUCCUGUGCACAGCCACUUCUGAUCUAAAUCUCAAAAAUCUCAAUCUGGUUCAUGUCUGGUCGCUGGCUGGGCCAAUUCCAAAGCUUUCUUCUUCUGCUGAUGCCGUUCUUUUGUUGACUUGGACGUGUGCUUUGGGUCAUCUUCGUGCUGGAAAAUUAAAUUUCUAUUUUGAAGUGUUCAUAAUUGGCUCUUCCUUAA